CCCUCUCCCUCUCUCUGCAUAUCCCACUACCUAUAAAAAGGACUCAAGACUUCACUUGGAACUCGCAACCAGUUCCCCAUUCAAUUCUUUGUGUCCUACUAAGCAAAACUCUGCUCAACAAAAUGGCUUAUUCUUCCUCUGCUUCUCCUGGGCUUUCCUUAAAGUUUCUGUCUUGUCUACUGGUUUUGGGCUCUUUGGCUAUUGUUGCUUCGGCUAGUAAUUUUUACCAAGAUUUCGAUGUCUCAUGGGGCGAUGGUCGAGCAAAGAUACUCAACAAUGGGGAGCUUCUGACUCUGUCCCUUGACAAGGCCUCUGGCUCCGGCUUCCAAUCCAAGCACGAGUACCUCUUCGGUAAGAUAGACAUACAGCUCAAGCUUGUCCCCGGCAACUCAGCCGGCACGGUCACGGCCUACUACUUGUCAUCUCAGGGGCCGACCCAUGACGAGAUUGACUUCGAAUUCCUCGGCAACCUCAGCGGCGACCCUUAUAUUCUCCAUACUAAUGUCUUCAGUCAGGGAAAGGGAAACAGAGAGCAACAAUUCUAUCUCUGGUUCGAUCCUACAGCAGACUUCCACACCUACUCCAUCCUUUGGAACCCCCAACGCAUAAUCUUCUCUGUAGAUGGAACGCCCAUCAGAGAAUUCAAGAACUCAGAAUCCAUUGGAGUUCCAUUCCCCAAGAACCAGCCCAUGAGGAUCUACUCCAGCCUAUGGAAUGCUGAUGACUGGGCCACCAGGGGUGGCCUUGUCAAGACCGAUUGGACAAAGGCACCAUUUACAGCCUCCUACAGAAACUUCAAUGCCAAUAACGCCUGCAUCUGGUCUUCAGGCUCCUCUUCUUGCGACUCCAAAUCUCCCACUUCAACGACGAACAAUCCCCAUCAGUGGCUUUCGCAAGAGCUGGACUCAGCUGGUCAAGAGAAGAUGAAAUGGGUGCAAAAGAAUUACAUGAUCUACAAUUACUGCACAGAUACAAAGCGCUUCCCUCAGGGCCUCCCUCCCGAAUGCUCCAACACCAACAUGUCUUAAGAGCAGCUUGUCCCAACAUCCUUUUUUUCUUCCGGGCUUCAAAAAUUAUUUUAUUUCUUUACAUCAUGUUUAUUCAUUUUGGUCGGUCUUCACUUGUAUAUUUAGUCUUUUUUUUUUAUUUUGGCUCCAAGUAUUGUUACGCUUCAGUUAAAUAUCUAUUAUUAUUAGCUAGGCCUAAUGGAUAUAUCUGAGUUUGAUAAAGAGAUUAAUUUUUAUCUUGUGUC